AUGUCUUCUGCACAACAUUCUGACGCCACUUGGACGCCCGGGGAUUUUGAACAUCCCAAUCCGGCACUGCGACGGUCGAUUAUUAUCGCGCUCUGCUUCGCCUUCAUUCUAUCGACGCUGGCCGUGGUUCUUCGCAUCGUGGCGAGAAGAAUGACCGGAAGCAGACUGCUGUUGGAUGAUUAUCUGAUCUUAGUCGCUCUGUUUUUUAAAUACUCCUGCUCCGGUGGAGUGACUGUCCUUUUAUACAAUGGCUUGGGAUCACACAUCACCAUGAUCCCGGCGAAGAAUGCUCUGGUUUACUUACAAAUCGGGUAUUCCAACAAUUUCGUAUACACCGGCUGCAUUGCCUUUAUCAAAUUUUCAAUCUUGGCCCUCUACAAACGGUUGUUUGCGAUUCGGACUAUGAAUCUGGCAGUGAAUGCCAUGUUUGGAUUCGUGUGCCUGUGGGUCGUGGGCGUCUAUGUCGCCGGAGCUCUGAUCUGCAUUCCUGCGAGUAAAUUCUGGGACCCAUCAGUGGAGGGAGCUUGCCUCGAUCCUUACAAGUUCUACUACGGAAUUCAGGUUCCCAACAUCCUGUCCGAUCUGAUUCUUCUCAUCAUGCCAAUGCACGUGGUGUGGUCUUUGCCGAUUCCCAAAUCUCAGAAAGCGCUGCUUUGCGGCGUGUUCCUUGUCGGUGGCUUAACCCUGGUCUUUUCCGUUUUCCGACUCCAAGCCAUGAUUCGAUUGGCUGAUCUUGGCCCUGAUAUUACCUACAACCAAGUCCCAGUGGUUGUGUGGACUUGUAUCGAAGCGGCAGUUGGAAUCACCGCGGCGUGUCUUCCUAACCUCCGGCCUCUGUUUAAGCUUGGACACCGUAGCUUCUGGUCCCAGGCCAGAUCCGCAAGCAAUACAUCUGGAAAAACUUUGGUCGAGUCACAAACAUCCCGAAGUACUGUGUCCCAACAGAAGGAGCCGUUCGGCUUUGUGGAGGAAAGCGUGGAAGUGGCUCAGUAUAAGGAUUACACCAAGUGUGUCAAGGAGUAA